CGCCGCAAUGAGAACUCAACAAGCAGUAAGAAGAGAACAGAGGUAAAUACGGUCUUCUGCUUCAACGUGUCAGAACUUCUCAACAUGACACAUUAUCACUGCUGAUAUUUAACAAGGAUUUUAAAGCUUAAUACAGUGUCAUGGAAUACAAGGUUUGAGUUUUGGAACCAUUUCUUCACUGUAAAUAUAUAAAUACUAGAGCAAUGGCUGGUCAUAGAAGAGCCCUCUCUGACAGCUUGCUGCUUGAAGAUGAUUUAUCUGGAGAGAAGUCGGAGUUCACAGACAAUCACUUUUUUGAAGAAGAUGACGGUGCCAGCAUUCACGUCACGCAACCCAAGAAAAGUGAAGCUAUUUUAAGAAUGAUUGACAAUAAGUCGAACAGUCCUUCUAUCAAAUCCAGCAGAAGCAUGGAUAAUCUAGAUGUCAGAGCUCCAAAUGAGGUGUGGAAGGAUUCUUAUGAUAAGCUCUACAAUACUAAAGUUAAGAGAUUCAUGAAAGGAAAUAAAACAAGCAGACAAGGCAUGCCUAAUGUGACAACCCAAGGAGAAACACUUGACACUGACACCAGUGAACCCCACUUAAUGCAUUUCCGAACUGCUAACUCUAAGAGAAAGGUAAAUGUUGCAACUUUCCUUAACAAGGCAGAUCGCAUGAAGCACGCAGACGUCAAUUAUGAUGGAAGUACAAAGGGAUCAAAACCAGCAAUGUCGUCCUCUCAGUUAAGUGCAAGACUUGAUGGUUCUGAUUUUGACAUCAAUGGACCAAAUGUUGAUCUCAAAGGUCCGAAAACAGAUCUUUCACUUCCAGACAUGGACAUGCCAUCUGGAAAAAUGAAAAUGCCCACAUUCAAGAUGCCUGAUUUUGGUCUCUCAGGACCCAAAAUGAAGACACCAGACUAUGAACUGAGGUCUCCUGAAAUGGAUAUUUCAGCUCCACGGAUAAAUGCAGACUUUGAUUCCCCAGACUUCAACAUUAAAGGUCACAAGCCAGAUAUCACAGCCCCAGAUAUGAAUCUUGAAAUACCUAAAGGUAAAAUUAAAGGACCAACUUUAAAGAAGCCCAAUCUUGAUAUUGAUUCUCCUGACCUCGAUGUAAAGGCUCCUUCAGGGAAACUGAAAUUUCCAAAAUUUGGCUUCUCCAAGUCAAAAGGAUACGAUGUUAAUGUCAAUUCUCCAGACCUGAACCUCAAAAGCCCGAAAAUUAAAGGAGGACUUCAGACCCCAGACAUGGAUUUGUCUCGUCCUCAAUCUGAUUGGGAAAGCCCAAACCUAGAUAUCAAAUCACCCAAUAUGGACAUUGAUGGCCCCUCUGGUAAAUUGAAUAUGCCAAAUUUAAAAGUGCCACAUUUUGGAGUGUCAGGCUUGAAAGGACCACAAAUGAAUGCUGACAUUGAUAAGCCAGAGCUUAAUCUGAACCCAUCAACUCCCAAACUAAAUGCUGGGAUACAUAGUCCAGAUAUUGACAUUCAUGGACCAAAUGUUGAUCUCAAAGGUCCAAAAACAAAACUUCCAGACAUAGACAUGCCUUCUUGGAAAACGAAAACGCCCCCUUUCAAGAUGCCUGAGUUUGGUCUUUCAAAACCCAAAAUAAAGACACCAGACUAUGAACUGAAGACUCCUGAAAUGGAUCUGUCAGCUCCCAAGAUGAAUGCAGACUUUGAUUCCCCAGACUUCAACAUCAAAGGUCAUAAAGCAAAUAUUACAGCUCCAGACAUGAAUGUAGAUAUCCCAACAGGUAAAAUUAAAGGACCAACUUUGAAGAAACCCAAUCUUGACAUAAAUGCACCUGAUCUCGAUGUAAAUGCCCCUUCAGGCAAACUGAAGCUGCCAAAAUUUGGCAUCUCAGGGAGCAAGCCACAUGGGCCCGAUCUUAAUAUCAAUUCUCCAGACCUGAAUCUCAAAAGUCCCAAAAUUAAGGGAGGACUUGACACACCCGACAUGGAUUUGUCUCUCCCUCACGCUGAUUGGAAAAGCCCAAACCUAGAUGUCAAAUCACCUGAUAUUGACAUUAAUGCCCCUUCUGGUAAAUUCGGUAUGCCAAAAUUAAAAGUACCAAGUUUUGGCCUGUCGGGUUUAAAAGGGCCACAUGCUGACCUUGAUCAGCCAGACAUUAAUCUUAACACAUCAACACCAAAACUAAAGGCAGGAAUAAAUGGUCCUGAUUUUGACAUUCAUGGACCAAAUGUUGACCUUAAAGGUCCGAAAACAGAUCUUUCACUCCCAGACAUGGACAUGCCAUCUGGAAAAAUGAAAAUGCCCACAUUCAAUAUGCCUGAUCUUGGUCUCUCAGGACCCAAAAUAAAGACACCAGACUAUGAACUGAAGACUCCUGAAAUGGAUCUCUCAGCUCCAAAGAUAAAGGCAGACUUUGAUUCCCCAGACUUCAACAUCAAAGGUCAAAAGCCAGAUAUCACACUCCCAGAUAUGAAUCUUCCUAAAGGUAAAAUAAAAGGACCAACAUUGAAGAAACCCAAUCUUGACAUGAAUGCACCUGACCUUGACGUUAAUGCUCCUUCAGGUAAACUAAAGAUGCCAAAAUUUGGCUUCUCGGGUAGCAAGGUAAAGGGACCCAAUCUUAAUGUCAAUUCUCCAGACCUGGAUCUCAAAAGCCCCAAAAUCAAAGGAGGACUUGACACACCCGACAUGGAUUUGUCUAUCCCUCAAGCUGAUUGGAAAAGCCCAAACCUAGAUAUUAAAUCACCUGAUAUUGAUGUUAAUGCCCCCUCUGGUAAAUUCAACAUGCCAAAAUUAAAGAUGCCAAGCUUUGGCAUGUCAGGUCCGAAUGGGCCACAUAUGAAUGUGGAUGCUGAGAUUAAUAAGCCAGAUCUUAACUUGAAUGCAUCAACUCCCAAACUAAAUGCAGGGAUACAUGGUCCUGAUAUUGAUGGACCAAAUGUUAAUCUUAGUGGUCCAAAAGCUGACCUUAAACUUCCACACAUGGGCAAACCUUCUGGUAAAAUGAAAAUGCCUACUCUAAAAAUGCCUCAUUUUGGUCUGUCAAAACCUAAAAUAAAGACACCAGACUAUGACUUGAAAACCCCUGAAAUGGAUCUGUCAGCUCCCAAGAUGAAUGCAGACUUUGAUUCCCCAGACUUCAACAUCAAAGGUCAUAAGCCAGAUAUGAAUCUUGAAAUUCCUAAAGGUAAAAUCAAAGGACCAACUUUAAAGAAGCCCAAUCUUGAUGUGAAUGCACCUGAUCUCGACAUAAAUGCCCCUUCGGGUAAACUGAAGCUGCCAAAAUUUGCCAUAUCAGGAAGAAAGCCAAAAGGACCCAAUCUUAAUGUCAAUUCUCCAGACCUGAAUAUCAAAAGCCCUAAAAUUAAGGGAGGACUUGACACCCCUGACAUGGAUUUGUCUCUCCCUCAAGCUGAUUGGAAAAGCCCGAACCUAGAUGUCAAAUCACCUGAUAUUGACAUAAAUGCUCCCUCUGGUAAAUUCAGUAUGCCAAAGUUAAAGAUGCCGAAGUUUGGCUCAACAGGCUUGAAAGGACCACAAAUGAAUGUUGAUGCUGACAUUGAUCGACCAGACAUUAAUCUGAACACAUCAGCUCCCAAAAUAAAUGCAGGGAUAAAUGGUCCUGAUUUUGACAUCCAUGGACCAAAUGUUGAUCUCAAGGGUCCGAAAACAGAUCUUUCACUUCCAGACAUGGACAUGCCAUCUGGAAAAAUGAAAAUGCCAAAACUAAAGAUGCCUGAGUUUGGUGUCUCUGGACCCAAAAUAAAGACACCAGACUAUGAACUAAAGACUCCUGAAAUGGAUCUGUCAGCUCCAAAGAUAAAUGCAGACUUUGAUUCCCCAGACUUCAACAUCAAAGGUCAUAAGCCAGAUAUCACAGUCCCAGAUAUGAAUCUUCCUAAAGGUAAAAUAAAAGGACCAACUUUAAAGAAGCCCAAUCUUGAUGUGAAUGCACCUGACCUUGACAUAAAUGCCCCUUCAGGUAAAUUGAAGUUGCCAAAAUUUGCCAUAACAGGAAGAAAGCCAAAAGGACCCAAUCUUAAUGUAAAUUCUCCAGACCUGAAUCUCAAAAGUCCUAAAGUUAAGGGAGGACUUGACACACCCGACAUGGAUUUAUCUCUCCCUCAAGCUGAUUGGAAAAGCCCAAACCUAGAUGUCAAAUCACCUGAUAUUGACAUAAAUGCUCCCUCUGGUAAAUUCAGUAUGCCAACGUUAAAGAUGCCAAAGUUUGGCACAACAGGCUUGAAAGGACCACAAAUGAAUAUUGAUGCUGACAUUGACAGGCCAGACGUUAAUCUGAACGCAUCCACUCCUAAACUAAAUGCAGGGAUAAAUGGUCCUGAUUUUGACAUUCAUGGCCCAAAUGUUGAUCUCAAAGGUCCGAAAACAGAUCUUUCACUUCCAGACAUGGACAUGCCAUCUGGAAAAAUGAAAAUGCCAAAACUAAAGAUGCCUGAGUUUGGUGUCUCUGGACCCAAAAUAAAGACACCAGACUAUGAACUAAAGACUCCUGACAUGGAUCUGUCAGCUCCAAAGAUAAAUGCAGACUUUGAUUCCCCAGAUUUCAACAUCACAGGUCAUAAGCCAGAUAUCACUGUCCCAGAUAUGAAUCUUCCUAAAGGUAAAAUUAAAGGACCAACUUUAAAGAAGCCAAAUCUUGAUGUGAAUGCACCUGACUUUGACAUAAAUGCCCCUUCAGGUAAAUUUAAGUUGCCAAAAUUUGCCAUAACAGGAAGAAAGCCAAAAGGACCCAAUCUUAAUGUAAAUUCUCCAGACCUGAAUCUCAAAAGUCCUAAAGUUAAGGGAGGACUUGACACACCCGACAUGGAUUUAUCUCUCCCUCAAGCUGAUUGGAAAAGCCCAAACCUAGAUGUCAAAUCACCUGAUAUUGACAUUAAUGCUCCCUCUGGUAAAUUCAGUAUGCCAACGUUAAAGAUGCCAAAGUUUGGCACAACAGGCUUGAAAGGACCACAAAUGAAUAUUGACGCUGACAUUGACAGGCCAGACGUUAAUCUGAAUGCAUCCACUCCUAAACUAAAUGCAGGGAUAAAUGGUCCUGAUUUUGACAUCCAUGGACCAAAUGUUGAUCUCAAAGGUCCGAAAACAGAUCUUUCACUUCCAGACAUGGACAUGCCAUCUGGAAAAAUGAAAAUGCCAAAACUAAAGAUGCCUGAGUUUGGUGUCUCUGGACCCAAAAUAAAGACACCAGACUAUGAACUAAAGACUCCUGAAAUGGAUCUGUCAGCUCCCAAGAUGAAUGCAGACUUUAAUUCCCCAGACUUCAACAUUCAAGGUCACAAGCCAGAUAUCACACUCCCAGAUAUGAAUCUUCCUAAAGGUAAAAUACAAGGACCAACUUUAAACAAGCCCAAUCUUAAUAUGAAUGCACCUGACCUUGACAUAAAUGCCCCUUCAGGUAAACUGAAGCUGCCAAAAUUCGCCAUAUCAGGUAAAAAGCCCAAAAGUCCCAAUCUUAAAGUCAAUUCUCCAGACCUGAAUCUCAAAAGCCCCAAAAUUAAGGGAGGACUUGACACACCUGACAUGGAUUUGUCUCUUCCUCAAGCUGAUUGGAAAAGCCCGAACCUAGGUGUCAAUUCACCAGAUAUUGACAUUAAUGCCCCUUCAGGUAAAUUGAAGAUGCCAAAAUUUGGUUUCUCGGGUAGUAAGCCUGAUGUUACAUUUAAAUCUCCAAAGAUGAAUCGCAAAAGUCCCAAAAUCAAGGGACAACUUGAUACCCCUGACAUGGAUUUGUCUCUCCCUCAGUCUAAUUUGAAAGGCCCUAACUUGGAUAUGAAAUCACCUGAUAUUGAUGUACAUGGUCCGUCCGGUAAAUUCAGUAUGCCCAAGUUAAAGAUGCCAAAGUUUGGCACAUCAGGCUUAAAAGGCCCACAAAUGAAUGUUGACGCUGACAUUGAUCGGCCAGACAUUAAUCUGAACGCAUCAACUCCCAAACUAAAUGCAGGGAUAAAUGGUCCUGAUUUUGACAUUCAUGGACCAAAUGUGGAUCUCAAAGGUCCGAAAACAGAUCUUUCACUUCCAGACAUGGACAUGCCAUCUGGAAAAAUGAAUAUGCCAAAACUAAAGAUGCCUGAGUUUGGUGUCUCUGGACCCAAAAUGAAGACACCAGACUAUGAACUAAAGACUCCUGACAUGGAUCUGUCAGCUCCAAAGAUAAAUGCAGACUUUGAAUCCCCAGACUUCAACAUUAAAGGUCACAAGCCAGAUAUCACAGCCCCAGAUAUGAAUCUUGAAAUUCCUAAAGGCAAAAUUAAAGGACCUACUUUAAACAAGCCCAAUCUUGAAGUGAAUGCACCUGAUUUUGACAUAAAUGCCCCUUCAGGUAAAUUGAAGCUGCCAAAAUUUGCCAUAUCAGGAAGCAAGCCAAAAGGACCCAAUUUAAAUAUCAAUUCUCCAGACCUGAAUCUCAAAAGCCCCAAAAUGAAGGGAGGACUUGACACCCCUGACAUGGAUUUGUCUCUCCCUCAAGCUGAUUGGAAAAGCCCGAACCUAGAUAUCAAUUCACCUGAUAUUGACAUUAAUGCUCCCUCUGGUAAAUUCAAUAUGCCAAAUUUAAAGAUGCCAAAGUUUGGCAUGUCAGGUUUAAAGGGGCCACAAAUGAAUGUUGAUGCUGACAUUGACCAGCCAGACAUUAAUCUGAACACAUCAACUCCCAAAUUAAAUGCUGGUAUAAAUGGUCCUGAUUUUGACAUUCAUGGACCAAAUGUUGAUCUUAAAGGUCCGAAAACAGAUCUUUCAUAUCCAGACAUGGAAAUGCCUUCUGGAAAAAUGAAAAUGCCUACUUUCAAGAUGCCUGAUAUUGGCUUCUCAGGACCCAAAAUAAACAGACCAGACUAUGAACUGAAGACUCCUGAAAUGUCAGCUCCAAAGAUAAAUGCCGACUUUGAUUCCCCAGACUUCAACAUCAGAGGUCAUAAGCCGGAUAUCACAGUCCCAGAUAUGAAUCUUGAUAUACCUUCAGGAAAAAUUAAAGGACCAACUUUAAAGAAACCUAAUCUUGAUGUGAAUGCACCUGACCUUGACAUAAAUGCCCCCUCAGGAAAACUCAAGCUUCCAAAGUUGGGAUUUUCAGCUAGCAAGCCAAAAGGGCCAGAGAUGGAUAUUUCUCUUCCUGAAUCUGACUGGAAAAGUCCAAACCUAGAUUAUGACGUUCAUGGAGCAAAUGUUGAUCUCAAAGGUCCGAAAACAGAUCUUUCAUAUCCAGACAUGGACGUGCCAUCUGGAAAAAUGAAAAUGCCUACUUUCAAGAUGCCUGAUAUUGGCUUCUCAGGACCCAAAAUAAACAGACCAGACUAUGAACUGAAGACUCCUGAAAUGUCAGCUCCAAAGAUUAAUGCCGACUUUGAUUCCCCAGACUUCAACAUCAGAGGUCAUAAGCCAGAUUUCACAGUACCAGAUAUGAAUCUGGAUAUCCCUACAGGAAAAAUUAAAGGACCAACUUUAAAGAAACCUAAUCUUGAUAUGAAUUCACCUGACCUCGACAUAAAUGCCCCCUCAGGAAAACUCAAGCUUCCAAAAUUGGGAUUUUCAGCUAGCAAGCCAAAAGGGACAGAGAUGGAUAUUUCUCUUCCUGAAUCUGACUGGAAAAGUCCAAACCUAGAUUAUGACGUUCAUGGAGCAAAUGUUAAUCUCAAAGGUCCGAAAACAGAUCUUUCAUAUCCAGACAUGGACAUGCCAUCUGGAAAAAUGAAAACGCCUACUUUCAGAAUGCCUGAUAUUGGGUUCUCAGGACCCAAAAUAAACAGACCAGAAUAUGAUUCACCAGACUUCAACAUCAGAGGUCAUAAAACACCUAAUCUUGAUAUGAAUGCACCAGACUAUGACUUGGAUGCUCCUUCUGGCAAAUUCAAAGUUCCAAAAUUGAGUCUCUUAGGCAGCAAAGAAGAAGGACCAAGGACUGAUUUUCAAGAUAUGAGUUCUAAUAAUGAUUUUGGUGCAUAUACACAAAGGGACAGUAACAGUUUUACGGUGCCAAGGGGUAAAACUAUAACUGUAAAAACAUAUAAUUAUUAUGAUCCCCCAGAAGACAUCAGAAUACCAGCUCAUCACAAAUAUGGUGCUUCAGAUCUGAACAUGCAGGACUCCUAUCUUACAUCUUCAGGAAAUGCCCAGUGGCCUACAACGCAAAAAUAUAUACCUCACUCCUCUAAUCCCAAAAAGGCUUUAUCACCCCAAGAGACCAGAAUGUCUGGAAUAGGUCCAACAUCAUCACAUCCUCACUACAAUGAUAUGCCUAGGCCACCCAAGUCAAGGGUUCGUAAAACAAAAUCAAGUGGCUAUGAAUUUGAAGGAAACUUGAACCACACGUCAGCUCCAAGAGUUCACGUUUCAAGAAGUAGAGAGAAUUUAGCUCUGACCCAUUCAAACAUGGGAACGUACACCACACAAAGAUCACCCCAUAUGGGAAAUAAUGGGGGUUAUUAUGAAAGAUCUCGCAUGGUUCCUAGGCGUAAUUACACUACUGAUGAUAUAUGCUACACUUAUAAAGGGAUGCCAAGGGUAGAUGGAUGGGGAAACAGGCAAAAUGAAUAUAGGCAAACAUCAAGUGGCCAUAGACAAACAAUGAAUGGUAUGCGAUUACAUAAUAUGGAUCUGGAUGUUCCAGAAAGCACUUCAAAAGGGACCUGGUAUAACAUUCGUAAGCUAAUGUAAAAGCAUGAUGAAAAGAAAGGGAGGUGGGUGGGUGACAAGAAUUUGCUUGCUAUUGUUUACAGAGUUUAUAUUUUUGGUGGGUUGAUUUAUGUAGCGUUUGCACAAACUUUAUCCUAAACCUUUUCCUACAACACACUUCUCUUUAAAAGAGUUGUUUUUUAAAAUGUUAACAUAAAACAUUUGAUUUAUUAUACUUGACCUCUAAAUAAAUAAGUACAUUCCAAAUACAAGGUAUUUUUAAAAACUUUUAUUUUAUAUGUACAAUGUCACAUGCCUGAUUAAAAAUCUUGUAUGCCUGAUUGUAAAUCUAGUAUUCACAUAUAUAUUUUGUAAACUAUGUAUAAAGGUACUAUGUAUAAAUACAAUGUUUUGGGGUUAUGCAUGUGUAUAAAGUCUGGAAGUUUAUUUCAUAUUGAUAAAUGUCUUCUAUUUGUGCCAUGUUAUGUCUAUGUACUCAUGUGCGCAAACAGCACUAUUGCACUUUUCUUAACAUGUUUGUUGAUAAUAAUAUUGUGAUAAGAUUUAAUGUAAGAACUCAAUUAGUCACAUAUAUUUUGAGACAAAAUUUUAGUUUUUAAGGCGAAUAAAUCUAUAUUGUUUCAAUAAACGUUCAAUGUUAAAUAAUCUUGUUAUAAAGGAUGUAUAAAGUGUUAUGUGGGAAAUAUUUCUGUACCAACACUGGAGCUCCAGGAUAGCUACAGGAACUGUUUGAUUACUAAAAAGCAAUGAAAAACAGCUGGUGUUGAUAAGUUGAUGUUCUAAAAUAUUUGAGGUGAUAUGAAAAUAAAAUU